UUGCUGUCAAAAAUUGUGAUGUUUUCGUCUGACUGAUCAAUUUUCAUUUCGUUUGCGUUUUCUUUAAUUCGUAGUUUCUUUUGAUUUCAGUUUUACUGAAUAUUAUUGUAGUAUGCAAUUAUGGCAAAUCAAGAGAUUAGUUUAAAGUGGAACGGAUAUCAGAAUAAUAUAUUGACAAAUGUGAAGGAGCUCUAUAAAGACGAAGGGUUAUCUGAUGUUACUCUGGUAUCAGAAGGGCUCAAUUUUAAGGCUCAUAAGGUUAUUUUAUCGGCUAAUAGCUCGGUAUUCAGGUCAAUUUUUCAGCAAAACCCCCACAAAGAUCCAAUUAUAGUACUCCAUGAUAUAAAUCCUACUUCUCUGAAGACUUUGUUGACCUUUAUGUACAAUGGGGAAGUCAAUGUUACUGAGGAAUUCCUACCAAUGUUGUUGAAGACUGCAGAAACUCUCAGGAUAUGUGGAUUGUCAACUGGCAGUGAGCCUACUCGCGACGAUGAGAAGACCAUGCCAUCAGCACAGCCAAAGAAACGUAAGAAAAGUGAGCAGGAGGACAACAAUAACAAGAUUAAGAAAGUGGCAACAAAUCCAAAGUCCGAUACAGUCAUCAACCUCAGCACUAAUUCUGAUACCGCCAAAAAUACUAACAUAAUCCCGAAAGUAGAACCUGUGGAUUCUCCACUAACAGAUUAUUCCGGCGAAAAUACAAACGACACGGUCAUUGCUUUAUUAGAGGACAAUGUUGACAAAAAGUAUUCAGUCAGCCCAGAACCUUUAUCAGGCAAAGUCUGUAAUAACACCUCCAAUGAUCGUAGUAUUAAAAAGUGGCUCAAUGAAGUGAGCAGUACUCAACCAUGUCUUAAUAUUGUUAAUGAGAAAAUUAAUGGAACGGACUCGGGUGAAGACGAUAAAGAUGCAAUCGAGAUUGAUAAAGAAGUUGAUGCUGUCCUGCAAAGUGGAACAAUAGUGGAGUCGUUGAGCAUCACCACGGAAAACCUAAAUUCUAUUUCUACUGAGGCACAAAUAUGUAAAGAUAAAAGCAACACCUGCUAUGCAAACCCAUCGUUCCCGUGUCCGUUUUGCCAACGAGUGUACAACAGCUGGGGCUAUCGCCGGAGGCACGUCAAAUCUAGGCACACUACGAACAGACUGUCGUGCAAGUGGUGCGUGUCGGUGUUGCCGUCGACGGGCGCGUGGUACGCGCACGCGACGCGCGCGCACGGCGUGCCGCACGACGACGCGCGCAACUCGCUCGUGGUGAUGGUGGAGGCGCACGCCGUGCUCACGCUCAGCGAGCCCAGCGUCGCGCAGCUGCUGGGGCAGGCCGGCUUGGCUGACGGCGGCGCGGAGAGGGGAGACUAGGGUAUGAUGGACCGAAGUAUUUACUCAUUUCCUACAGUCAAAUUUUGAACGCCUUCUUCCAGGGUAAUCUUGGAGCUGAAAGGUGCGCAGUUACUAUUUUUCCAUGCUCGAGCAUGCAGUGAUAUCCGGUGACAGGUCCUUCCGGAUUAUGAGAUGCAGGUUUAACACGUAAAUUCAUAAAUUUGAAAUCGUUUUUGAUUCGAAAUUUUAUCAGCCAUGAUAUAUAGAAUAAUACCUGUUGAAUGUUUUUUGGGAGAAUAGUUUGCUAUCAAAACUAAAGUAGAUGUAUGUUUUGGUUCAAAUUGGUUAAAGAUUUUUAUGCCAUGUAUUGAUGUUCACAGCGUGUCACCUAGUGUUUUUUUGAAAAGUUUGUAUCGUGUGCAUAUCACGCGCGCACGGCCUUAGCGAAAAUACUCCACUAGGGAUAAAUUAAAAACUAUAUUUUGGACCAAUCGAUAACUGUUGUUGUAAGAAUGCCUCAGUAAUAUAAUUAACCUUCUUUGAUACAUCUAAUACCAACAUUUAUGCAUUAUAAAUGUAAUAUUUUCGUUUAAAUAAAGUGCUGAAAAAUAUAUGGGAGGACAGUAAAAUCUAGUCGUAUGUUUUGGAUUAAAUUAGGCGAGUGAUACACCAGAACUUAAUUUCUGUGGAGGUGGGAGAAUCUCAAACAUAAGUUUUGUAAUGUUUCUAAAUAGUGUAUGUGAAUUUGGCGUGUGAUAUUUUAAAAGUGUGUGCUAUAAUGAUAUUUGUAAGAAAAAUAUUUUUCUAAUAUCUCAUUAGAAUUACGAGUUGUAAAAUCAGUAGAUCUGGUUUCACAUACAGAUUUAUAUUUUUUUAAGUAGUUCGCGCUGAAUUGUAUGCUUACUAUUAAUAUAUGGGUUAAAACAAUUAUUAUUAUAAUACUUUGUGUUUUCGAUGUAUUUCAAACACAAAUAAAAAUAGCCCCACUAUUUUUUGCUUGUGUUUUUUUAAUAUGUGGACCAAAAAGGAAUGUACGAAAUUGAAAUAUUUUUUAAACUAAGAAUGAAAAUAGACAUAAAAUAAAAUGUGGAUAAAGAGUUCUGAUAAAAAAUUGUUCAAAAACAAUGAUUAAAGUUUAUUUUUAUUUCUUUUUGUCAGAAAUUAAUAAUACGAAAAGAAAGUGGUAAAAUAACAAUUAGGUGUCAUUUUUCAGUGUAUUUUAAAACAUUUUUUUCUAAUUAUGACUAAGGCUUUUAAGAAUUUCUACUUAUUGUAUAAAAACUGCAUAAUGAUCUCUUAGAAUAUUUUCUUUAAAAACAUUUAUUUUGGUUAGUUAUUUUGUUUUGUCACGAAUUUCAUUUCAUUUCAUGGAAAUGAGAUAUGGACAAAACAGUUUCAACUAAAAUAUUUUUCAAAUUGUUUAUUGUUCAGAAAGUAAAAUUGGCGUAUUAUGUAGGUAACUAAGUAAAUAAGCUUAAUUAAAUUAAUAAAGCCUAUAUAUACAUAUAUAUGUUAUGAAUAAAUUUUAAUAUUUUGCUAUGCAUAUGCCAGUAAUAAGUUCGCCCUAUACAUCUUUAUAGCAUUAGAUAUAUAACAAUGCAUAUAAGUACUUGAUGGGGAUAGAUUUGACGGGGGAAUCUAUAGGUAUCCAUUGUGGUGACGUGGAAUUUUUGAGGAUUUUUGAUGGAAUUGUAAAAUUAGUGUUUCAUUCCCCCCACACUCUCUCAUUAUCGCCUUCUUCCAGACCAGAUAAUUUUAUACUAUAAUUAUAGUGCAUUCAUCAUUAUUUGCAGUCCUAGUGUAAAAGACGCUCAUUUGUGGCCAUAAUUAACAUAUUCGUAACACUUUAAUUAAUGUAAUGACUGAUUUUUAGAGCUUAAGGGCAUAUAGUUGCAAAAAGCCAUUAUCUUCUUUGAUAUUAUUAUUUUAGUAGGUAUAAGUGCAUCUCUAAUAACUUUAAAUCCCUUACUAUUACUUAUUAACUUUAUAUCCCCUAUUACUAAGAUAUUUGGCAAUAAUUCUAAGAUGUGAUUUAUGAUUCUAAAAUACGUUUAAAAUUAAUUCAUAAUUUAGGUUAUGGAAAAAAUCUAAAAUGUAACAAAUUGAGAUAUGAAAUGAAAAAAAAAUUGGUAUAUUUUUUUAUAACUUUAUUGCUAAUAUAUUCGUAUUCGCGAGCAAUAAUAAUAUGAAGUAAUAAGGCAGUUGAUAUUUUGUGGUUAUAUCUAAAAAAAUUAAAUUAAAAUAUUUUAUAAUUAGAAUAAAGCCUGACCUGACCAGAUCGAAUCUUUAUUCCUUAAAGUUUCUAGUAUUUCAUUAUAGUUUUUACAUUUUACUAUUUUCCAUUGGUUUUGUAUGUUUACGUAACAUUUUAUCUUUUUUUUCAAUAUUAUUUGGACGUGUCAGGCUAAUUAAUAAAAAUAAAGAGUUUUUAUGAAACACAUAUCAAUCUGUACAAAUAAUUGUGAGCUUCAAAGUAAUAACACAGUUACAGGUAAAAACAUGGCAUUAUCUAUAUGUAGAUUUAAGAUGUUUUAGGUGCGGAUACUAAUGUAAAUGAUACACAAUAAAAAAUAAUAAACUAAUUGGACAGUGUGAUGAUAAAUUGAAUUUGUUUAUUUUUGUAAUCUGAUAAAAUGCCUGUUAUAUUGUCUUACGAUUAUUUGUUUUCUUGUAAAUGAACUUGUCUAGGUUAAAAUGUCGCGCGCCACUGUCGCAUUUUACAUACACAAUCAACUGAAGGUUUUCUACAUUGUUUUCCCCAUCAGUUUAAAAUGUCAGUUCCGGACAACUGUCAGAUAGUACCUAAAACGCUUUUGUUAGAUCGGAUGUGUCAAAUCGUUGAAUAUGCAAUACGAGGUUUGGACCUUACGCCUAAGUGCUGACAUUUUAUGUGUCAGAUAUUCCUAACCUAAAAUAACAUUUCAUAGUGGCGCCGGUAAUUUAUAGAUAGACAAGUUGUAAACAUGAAUUGUAAACGGCUAAUACUGGCAACAUUUUUGUAAUGUUUUAAUGAAUUUAACGCCCACCUUUUAAUGGCUUUAAUGACAUAAUUCCACAGAUUUCUCUAGACACAUGUAACAUAGGAACACGUUAGAACUUAAGUAAUAAUAAUAAGUUACCAAAGCAAUUAUAAAUUAACGAUACUUUUAGCGGUAAUGAAAUUCAUAUAUUUUUGUAUGGGAUAAAGCCCUAAGAUAUUAUAUUUUAAAGAAAAAAUGUGUGUAGUUCUUUAAAAUAAGGCCAUCAUUAAAUUUAAGGAUCUUGUAUCCAAUAUACUUAACUCUAUUGAGAUACAAACCGUUAUGCUACUUAUGUCAAUAACAAUCUUAUGAAUUAACAUAAUGUAUGGCUUUAAAGACGUAACCGUCAAAAUUAAUAAAUUGAUACGCCAUAAUAAGCUAAAUUAUGUAUAUGGACUUCCAAAAGCAAUGGAGAUUAAAUAUAUUUUUUACAAUAAA